AUUUGUCUACAUGUUUAGGAAAAUCUUAGAUCAAGAAAUUAGAUGCAAUCUAGAUACAUUUCAUUUUGAAAUCAGAUGACUAGAAAUGAUUCAAGAGGACAAAGGACAGUGUAAGAAAAAGGGACAAUAAAAGGGCAAUAAAAGGGCAAGAAUGUUGUUCAUUCUGUUCCUUUUCUAUCCCGCAGCGAGGGAAGAUCUUGUAUGUCAAGGAAAGAGCUCAACCCUGGUGUGUACAAAAGAGUGAGAUUUGUCAAGACAGAUAACUGGAAGCAGUGUGAAUAUAACUAUACACGGAUUGCUUGUGCUUUACUCCUCCGGCUGAUACGUGUUACCUUGAAAAAAUGAAAUAAAGUCAGGUUGACGGUAAGAAAGGCAAGAUGUGUGAAUGACAGGGAAAGACAGAAAAGCAGAGCUGGGAAGAAGAGGAGAAAAAAGCUUUACAAGACAACUUCAACCCCACCUUGUUAGCCAGGAGCAUUGACUCAUACAGACACUGUAGAGUUGGUGGAUAGAAAAGUAUUUGCAACUAGCUCAACCUGUAGAGCAAGUCACACUGAAGAGUGUCAGAUGAAGUGGUUAUGCACACAGGGAGCGAGACAGAGCUGUAGACAUAAUGGAGAUCUGCACUGGCGAUCAAGAGACUUCAAACAUGUGUAAAGGAGUAUUUUCUAACUAUCCCUGCUGAUGAUGCCAAACCUGUUAACGUGAUGCUGAGAAUGUUUAUGGUCAUUGAGAACCCAGUGAUCUCCAUUUUAUUUGGCCCAAUUCUGGGGGACUUGGAAUAAGCCUGACUUAUUUCUUCUAGGGUACCAAGUUUGGGCUGAUAUUGGGCAAAGUCAUUUUUGAUAAGGGCGUAGUGGUAGCAGUGUCAGAAGCCACAGUCGUUCCAGUUUAUGUGGCCCGAUUCAGGGGUGUCAUUCAUCCCGAGUCUUAGCUGCGUCAGGCAACAGGAGUUUGGGCCGAUGCUGGACCAGGUCGGUUUUGAUAAUGACCCACUGAUGGUAAUGCUGACAGCCAGAAUCGGGCCCAUUCAUUUGAACCUUUUUGUCUAAGUUGGGCAACAGGACGUUGCAUGUUACAGCAUGCUGAAUUUGGGCCAAAGCUGGGCCAGGUCAUAGUGGCUGCCUGUGAAAACUCUUGUGCAGUGUGUUAAACACUUAAAUAAAGCCAGUGAGUAUGAAUUUCAGAAUCAAAUGCAUCACCGAACCUUAGGUUUCUUAGUUGAGAAAGCAUGAUACUAUGUCUUGUCUGUCAAAACAAAGCGAUAGACAAACACACGGCAAAGAGAUAGACGAGGCCCGCUGCUGUCGGCAGGGAAGGCGACAUUGCAAUCUAGAGCAAAUAGGAAAACAAAUUGUGGUCCAGCUUUGCCAUCUCCCUGAGACAAGAUAUACUGUUGUCUCUGAGGUUGUUUUUAUUUUUCCUAUCUAGGCUGAAUGUCACCUCAAAGUGUGUAUGCAUUUUGUAUGAAAAUGAGGGAGAAAUCACACUGAUAAAUGUUCUAUAUGUUUGUGCAAAAGCAAUGACUGAUUAAUACCAGUGGUUGUAUUAGCCACUUAGAAGGAAAAGGAAAGUGCAGGCAACAUCAGCAGUGAUUGAACGCGUCUGGCUCUCAGUGGCCCAUGUUGUGAUUCUGAAGGCAUUCAGUUGGUCUUUUUAUGCUGUGUAAUUUAAUAGUCAGAAAUGUUGGAUGAAAGAGAAAAUAGCAUCUAAUUUGACAGCUCAAUAAGUCUACAGUGAUGUCAAAAAAUGCAGAAGGAAAAGUGUUUCUGAAUUCAAAUACUCUGGAUUAGACGCGACAGAAUUGAAAUGGAACAGUGGACAGCGAGGCCGUUAUUCAGCUUGUUCCCUGUCAAGCUGUGAGCAUUCAUCAGAAUGAGAUGUGUAAGAGGAGCUGAAGAGGAAUUCUUGAGCAGGCUAGACCCUCCUUAUGUUUAAAAUUACGUAACAACAUCAAAUAUGUAUUUGAAGGAUGUUUACACCCCUCACUUAGCAAUCUUUUUGGCACUCAUUCUGCAUAUGCAUGCACACACCUACAUGCAAACACUUCAUUUACACACCACCAAACCCCAGAGAGAAAAAGAGACAAAUGGGAAGAGGAUACACUAGCAGCCCACAGCUGAAGAAAUCUGAAAGCACACCCACACACAGAGAAACACAGAAACCCAGCUAACUAUGCAGGUCAUCCAUAACAGCUCCUUCUUUGAAGUCUGCACACGUUCAGACCAUUAAAUCCGCGUGGUGAUAUUUUAACUAAAAUCGCCUUUCGGUCUCAAAGCAUGGGUCCCACGGUACCAUCAAGACAUGCUUAACAUUCACAAAUGAAAGGCUAUCCCUUAACAGUGCUUUGAAGAACCAAGACUGCAAUAAGCACUUGGGAUUACAGAGAUGGCAGUGGCGGUCUGAUCAGCCACUCUGUUCAAACAGCUGACUAAUAGAGUUAAGAGUGUUGGUUUGUCUUUUCAGCAUAGGGAGGCUCCGCUGAUGACUCACUCAUUAAUGUAUAAGGAGUCUGUUGUAAGAAGGCGGCUCUGUGUGAAUAUGGAUCAGUUAUGACAGGGAAUAUGUUUGUGAAAAUAAUGUAUGGUUAUUUUGUUGCCUCCCAACUGAUCAUCACUUCGCAAUUGCUUUUUUGUUUGUGAUUGUUUCUUCAGCUUCUUGUGGCUGUGGAAUGACACAAUAGAAAAAUGCUACAAGCUUCUUGUAGUUACGCUAUUAUCUGGUAUUACAAAUAAAGCAUAUACAAGAAAGUUUUAUUGACAUGUGAAUGUAUUUUUUUAAUAACUGUAUAAUUAUCUAAUAAAGUUUAUUGCAACCAACAUUUUCUCAAAAUACAGUUUGUAUGAUAUCCUAUGGAAAUGCAUGCAGAACAAUUGGUAUAUCAUACAAAUUAGCAUCCCCCAAAAAUGACAUUACAUCCUUAACAUGCAGUUAACUAAUUAACACACAGAUAUGGAGGUUAGGCCUUGGAAAUAAAAGUUACUAUGGUUAGGAUUAGGAAAAAGAAACAUGGUGAGGACAUACCUUAAAAUGACUCAAAACUCACACAGUUUCAAAUAUGUGUCUUCAGUGAAACGUUUGAGGGGAAAGUCCAGAUUACCCAUCUACCAUCCCAACCUGAGUCCUAACAAUACUGCUCAGGACUGCAUCCUUGUUUGCGACUGUAACUGCAUUGGUCAAGUGAUCGCAGCCUUUCAAAAUACAUGGUACAAGUAUGAAAAUGGGUGCAUUCAUUUUUCAUAAGAAAACGUACAAACAGUGUGUCGGUGUGCCUUUUCUUCCCCUAUGGACAAGUUCUUUCAAAGCACCUGGCUACAAGUUUUUGAAGGUGUGCAUGAGCCUCCACAUUCUUAUGAUAUUUUCUGAUUUGAAAUCAACCCCAAGUAGCUCAUUUCCAGGUCUUAAAACACCUACACUUUGUGACGCUGCUUAGCGUUUUGUAGUGACACACACAGGGCAUCCUUUCUGUAUGAUGCACAAUUGUAAAACAUUGUAAAGGUUUAUUUACGCUCUUUUUCUAUGUACGGAAAUAGAUUUGUUCAUUUCAGAUGUUGUGACUGUUACUGCCCACACACUUCCAUGUUUCCUAUGUUGACAUAGUCCGUACAUGUAUCUAAUGUAGCUUAAAUGAGCCAUAACACGUGGUUAAUGUUGUGAAACGUUUCUGGUUAGGUUCAGGCAGCAAAACUACUUGAUUGGGUUUAGAAAAAGAUCAUGUAUUGGCUUCAACUGAGUAUUUCUUUCAUGUAUCAUAAAGGCACCAAAGAUUCCCUUUGGCAUCUACAUCAGACACCAAGGGGCAUUACAAGGCAUUGGUAUUUGAUGCCCUGGGAAUGAGAACAGGCUGGAUUACCAUAUGUUAGUGAUGGCAUUUUUGAAGUCAGUUGAAAAAGUUUAAAUAAGUAAAGGACACUUCAUCAAAUUUACAUGUCAUGAUCAGUCUGUGAACACACUUGAAUAAUAUCUCCUGGGGCUCUGAAGGAGACUCAUGACUAUGAGACUAUGAACCAGAGGAUAUAACCCUGAUGGUGUCAUACUGGUGUCAUCAAGGUCAUGUCAUCUUGAAUUUAGAGAAUACAGAUUCAAAUCAGAAAGUCUGAAUAAUAACCUGGCAAUGUGAAGUUUAAAAGAUGUGGGAGUUUACCAGGCAGGGGGGCACAAUAAAGGAAAUCUGGCUGCAUUAUUAUGGGAAAUGUAGGAUCCAGGAUUGUAUCCAAUUUUAGGGACUAAAAGUCAGGAUAUCUCAGUUGCUGCAUUAAUUUUGACCCUUCCUUUGCCUCAAGUUUUAGGGAGGUGCAGUAUUAAUCCAUUUAGACCUUGCUGUAAUCCUUGUUUUAUAAAAUGAAAUGAAAUAUAAGUGUGACCUGGUCACAGGAUGACAAGACCGGACACAGACUAGAAUUUUAUGUGGGUCUUUAUUCCCUGACUGAACUUAUAAAAAAAUAUAUAAGAACUGCAUUAGUACUUUAAGUUGAGAACUGUAGACAUAGUGCAGUAUGGUGUACUUUUCCUUCUAGUUUCAAUACAAGAACUCCAAAUCAUUCACUCCAGCACUCUGAUAACAACAGUGCAUGAACUCUCUUUGACAAACAUACACCUUUAAAAUGGCUGUGGAGCUCACUUUCAAAAUAGACAGGACUUUCAUACUAUCCUACAUUAACCAAAAUGGACUAAGUAGACCAAGGAAAAAAUUGUAUAGACAAAGGGUCUCUGUAGACAAAUGUGCUAUAGACAACAGUAGUGGCUUGCUUCUAAAUAAAGGAAACAAACACACAGUACAAAUCAAUACAUUUCUUAAGCCACAAAAUGUACAUUUAGAAACAGAAUAAUGCAGACUCUAAACUGAAAACAAUUUUACAAGAGUCAAAAAAUAAAGUCGCCAGAUCAUACAAUCACUUUUGACUCCACUCCACAGCUUGCGCGCAAAGACACACACACUUGGAACCCAACACGGCAUAGUAAAUACACACAUUUCAAAUGAACAGUUAGCAUAUAGCACUGUGCCCUUUAACCUUCACUUCACUCAUUAUAAUUAAUCCCCACUUAUGCCGCCCUGCUGUGAUGGAGAGAUGGCACCCAACACGUUUUUACAAUCUACAAGAUCAUCAUAACAUCAACAUGGCUCAGCUAACUUCAACUUCAUAUGAUCUGCUGACGCUACUGACUGUUUUUGCAUUACUUUCGUGUUUACAGGUUCAGAUCACCAAGGACCUCCUCCCACCUGGUCUCUUGAGCUCUUUCAUCCAAGGCAGUAGCCAUGAACUGGUCUGCAUUGGAGGCACUCCUCAGCGGGGUCAACAAGUACUCCACCGUGUUUGGCCGAGUCUGGCUCUCCAUGGUUUUUGUGUUCCGGGUGAUGGUGUUUGUGGUGGCGGCCCAGCGAGUGUGGGGCGAUGAGAGCAAGGACUUUGUCUGCAAUACGGCCCAGCCAGGCUGCAACAAUGUGUGCUACGACCACAUCUUCCCCAUCUCUCACAUCCGCCUGUGGGCCCUGCAGCUCAUCUUCGUCACCUGCCCGUCACUGAUGGUGGUGGGGCACGUCAAGUAUCGUGAGAAGAAGGACAUGCAGUACACUGCCGCACACAAGGGCAGCCAUUUGUAUGCCAACCCUGGGAAGAAACGCGGGGGGCUGUGGUGGACGUACUUGGUGAGUCUGAUUUUUAAGGCUGGUUUCGACGCUGGCUUCCUCUACAUCCUGUACUACGUCUAUGAAGGCUACGACAUGCCCCGCCUUUCCAAGUGCUCCCUGGCGCCCUGCCCUAACACGGUGGACUGCUACAUAUCGCGUCCCACUGAGAAGAAGAUCUUCACCCUCUUCAUGGUUGUCUCCUCUGCCUUCUGCGUCUUAAUGUGCAUCUGUGAGAUGAUUUACCUCAUCUGCAAACGCAUCCAGAAACUCUUUAAGAGGAAGACCGAGGCAGAGAGGAGGUUGUUUGCCGAGAAUCACGAGAUGACGCCACUGGCAGCACCCAGGUCGGAGUUCAGGUCCAAAACUUCAAUCAGAGUGGAUCCUACAGCAUCAAUCCAGAAUCUCAGUAACAUCAAGGCUGAAGAGGCGCCAGCUAAGAAAAAAUGAUGUACAAUAAAGCAGCUGCCGUGUUGGAAAAAAAAAACUGAGCAAAGUACUGAAGGGGCCACUGCAAGCAAAUGCAUUCAUCAGACUCUGUAGAGAACUGCUGCACAACACCAAAGAGAUAGCCAUCAAAUUCAGGGAUUUCUGAGGCAGCAUUUUGUAAAUAUUAUCAUGUCUGCAGGAAGUCACACCUCUUGUAUGCAAAUUUAUCCCUCAAAAAGGAGGAUUACAGAGAAAGUUAAAGGGUUUAGAAUAUUUUUUGGAACUGGUGUGUGUGUGUGUGUGUGUGUGUGUGUGUGUGUGUGUGUGUGUGUGUGUGUGUGAAUGAAUAUGGAUGUUUGCAUGUCUGUAUUUGUGUUUUUGUGCCAGAAGUAUGUUUAAACUGUUAUAUCGGGUACUUUGUGAAUGACAGUAUAAAAUGUUGGAAGACACUAAGUGAUGUAAAUACAGUAUCGGGAGCGAACCUUUUCCCUGAACAUACACACUCUGCCCCAAACUAAAUACAACAAUCUCAAAUAAACAAUACGCACUUUCUUGGGGGCAAGGCAAUAAUCGGAUAAAAUCUCUUGAGGGGCUAAUUAUUCUCAGAUAUGUAAUAUGAAGAAAAUGCUCUUAAUUGUUGUCCCGUUGAGAUUUUGUGUUCAUGUGCUAUGCAAUGAAAAAAUUUCUUAAUGAAGGUAUGACAUAUGUAUGAACGCAUUCAUACCAUUGAACAAAUAUACAAAAGACAUUUUUUAGGUGCAUAUUUUUACCCACAAAUUUGGAUUUUUAUUAAAUGAAGACUCCAGAUAAUUUAUAUGUAUAUUGUAUUUAUUGUUGUGAUCUAUAAAGU